CCACCCCCAGCACUCGAUUAUCAGGAAGUGUCUCCAGGAGACGCCGGCUGAGCGGCCAGUCGGAGAGGGGCGGCGGCGGCGGCGGGCAGCUUGGGCGCGGUGGCAUCAUGGAGCACAUUCGCACCACGAAGGUCGAACAGGUGAAAUUAUUAGAUCGUUUCAGCACAAACAUCAAGUCACAAACAGGAACGCUCUAUCUCACAGCAACUCACCUGUUAUUUAUAGACUCGAGCCAGAAAGAGACAUGGAUACUGCACCAUCAUAUUGCUGCGGUAGAGAAACUCGCCUUGACCACGUCCGGCUGCCCCCUGGUGAUCCAGUGCAAGAACUUCAGGAUAGUUCACUUCAUUGUUCCCAGAGAAAGGGACUGCCAUGAUAUUUAUAACUCCUUGCUUCAGCUGUCAAAACCAGCAAGAUACGACGAACUGUAUGCCUUCUCAUACAACCCAAAGCAAAAGGAGGAAGAGAGAGUGCAAGGCUGGCAGCUCAUAGACCUUGCAGAAGAGUACAACCGGAUGGACGUGCCUAACUCUGACUGGCAGUUAUCAGAUGCAAAUCGGGAUUACAAGAUCUGUGAAACAUAUCCCAGAGACCUUUAUGUUCCCAGGAGUGCAAGCAAGCCCAUCAUUGUUGGCAGUUCUAAGUUCCGAAGUAAAGGAAGGUUUCCUGUGCUGUCAUAUUAUCAUAAAGAUAAUGAGGCUGCCAUUUGCAGAUGUAGUCAGCCUCUCUCGGGAUUCAGCGCCAGGUGUCUGGAGGAUGAGCACAUGUUGCAAGCGAUCAGCAAAGCCAAUCCCAAUAAUUGCUAUAUGUAUGUUGUGGACACCAGGCCUAAACUGAAUGCACUGGCCAACAGAGCAGCAGGUAAAGGCUAUGAGAAUGAAGACAACUAUUCUAAUAUUAGAUUCCAGUUUGUUGGUAUCGAAAACAUCCAUGUAAUGAGAUCCAGCCUGCAGAAACUUUUGGAAGCUUUCAACAACACGUGUAGUUCAGCAUCCUCUCUUGCACAGCCCCCAUGGGAUGUAGAUGAAACUCUGGGAAGAAAAGUCUGUGGGACCAGGGGCCUGUCGGUCAAUGAUUUUCUGUCUGGUUUGGAGAGCUGCGGAUGGCUGCGACACAUCAAAGCCGUGUUGGAUGCUGCUAUCUUCUUAGCCAAAGCCAUAGCUUUGGAGAGUGCAAGUGUGCUAGUGCAUUGCUCUGACGGCUGGGACCGGACGUCUCAAGUGUGUUCUCUGGGAUCUCUGUUGUUGGAUCCCUUUUAUAGAACAAUGAAAGGCUUUAUGGUUUUGAUAGAAAAAGACUGGAUUGCGUUUGGGCACAAAUUUUCAGACAGAUGCGGUCAGCUGGAUGGAGACCCAAAGGAAAUCUCUCCCGUGUUCGCUCAGUUUUUAGAAAGCGUCUGGCACCUGACGGAGCAGUUUCCACAAGCCUUUGAGUUCAAUGAGGCUUUUCUCCUUCAGAUCCAUGAACACGUCCAUUCCUGCCAGUUCGGAAACUUCAUUGGGAACUGCCAGAAAGAACGAGAAGAGCUCAGAUUGAAAGAGAAGACGUAUUCACUGUGGCCUUUCCUUCUGGAUGAAUGCAAGAAGUACCUAAACCCCAUCUAUAAUGAGAAUUUUUCUCAGUCGCUCACAAUUCUGGAGCCUGACACAGUAUCAUUUAAUUUUAAGUUCUGGAGGAACAUGUAUCAUCAGUUUGAUCACACCAUGCAUCCCCGGCAAUCCGUAGUCAGCCAGGUCAUGAGCAUGAGUGAGCAAAAUAAGCUGCUGGAGAAAGACAUUAAGGAACUGGAAGCUAAAUUAGGUCACUGUGUAAACAAGGAGCUGGAUGUGGCCUUCACCAAGGAACCUUUGCGGCCUGCGUCACCAGUUCUUAAGACAUCCCAGUGCUUUAAGAAAGAGCAGCCUCUUCUACAUGGGAAUGACUGUAUUCGAACAAUAGAGGGCUCCAACGCAGCAGACAAUCGGUACAGCGAGUAUAUGGAAGAGCUCUCCAAGACAGAGCCUGGCGUUGUCAGUCUGGAGUAUGGAGUGGCAAAAAUGACGUGUUAAAUGUCACACGGAGUAUCGCCGUCUCUUUCUGAAAAUACUGACGGCGCAUUGUGAGACUGGUCUCUUGGAGCGUGACCAAAAACCGGAUUUGUGUAAAGGAGAGCCUCAUUGAUGUAGACUAGCAUGGCACACGGGUUGCUAAGGAGAAAUGCUGUUCUUGUGAGAAGUAACUGAGUUUAACAAUACCGAAAGGAAUGUGGAGAAUUUAGUAAAAACUUUUUUUGGCUUAAAGAAAUGAGGAAUGGAAGUUGUUGUACGUGUCUAGAGGAUAACAAACUUUAGUUUGCACUAGAUAACUUGGAAUGUUAUUUAAUAUAUCAAUUGCCAAAUGGUUUAAUGGGCUUUGAAGAUCUACUUCUAGGACACAACAGAAUAGUUACCGGGGCCGCUGAAAGUAUAUGUAUAUAGAUAGAAUGUACUGUGUAUGUGUACUCCUAUUUAAUCUGUUGCUAAUUUUGAUGUCUCAUGUUGCCAUUGAAAGUACUGUAUAUCACAUGCAAAAGAUGGAAACUUAUCAUCCCAAGUUCAUAGCAUGAUGUUUGGAGACACAUGAGAGAGGCACUCAGCAGGGUCUAAGUUUGCAUUGGUAACUCUGGAAUUCCAGAUCUCCCCUGCCUCUUGAAAACUCCUUUUACAAAAAUCAGGAAAACUACCCCUAAGGGCUGUGAAUCUUCUGCAGAAAUCUAGCUACAAGCCUUAUAGUUACGUUCCAAAAUCCAUGCAAGGACAAUGACAUCAAAAGUGUCACCAUAUAGCAUGCAGGCCUUUGAGUUUUCAAGAGCACUUUCAAGUUCUGGAGAAGUACUGGAUAACUUGAAAGCUUUACGUAACAUUUUGGAACAUUCUGAUUGGCCAAAUAAAAGCCACUGGCCCAAUAUGGAUUUAAAAUUUGCCUUUUAUGUGCCAACACAACAGUCUUUACAUUUAUGUAAUUGUGUGUAUUCCUACAAAGAGCCAAAACAUUAGUGUGGGAUGGAUGGGUGUUCAUCUCAAUGAUAGCAAAUGUGGUUCUCAUUUUUUGUGUGUGUUUCUUUCAGAUCAGUCAGGUUUCAGAGUUUUUGAAAGAAUUAGAUAUUGUAAGCUAAUCAAACAAAAGGAAUGUUGUAGAAGCAGUAUCUGUUUUUCUGAGUUUGAUCAAAUUAACGUUGUCUGCAGGGUUUUUGUUCAGUUUGCAAAUCUUUCUUAAAAUAAAUUUGGGGAUUUUUUUUUAAAGCACCUUACUUUUAAUCAGUAGAAGAACUAGGUAAAUGAAAUCGUCAAAUAAGUCUCCUUGGAUAGCUAAGGAGGCAGCCGCUCUUUGUUGUGAAUGGAGAAGAAACCAUAAACUUUAGGUUUGCAGGCCAGCUGGCUGCACGUUUUCUAAAUCCACUUGCUUUAAAAACCUGAUAAUGCUCAUAUCCUCAGGAUACAGGAUGCCACCUGGGAUUGAACUGAUCUCUAGUUAACUAACAAGAAGGGUUGGUUAGGAGGACUAUACUGUUCCCCUCUCGCAUAUAGGCAAAUCAAAUGUAUCCCCCGAUAUCAUUGUCUCGGCUUCAUCAGAAAAGAGAAUGGAUUUGCUUUCAGCCUGUGGUCCUGCUUCUGUUCACAUUUUUCACGUUAGUUUUUAUUGUCUUAAUGAAGGAAAUGAAAUGAGCUUUGAGAGCCAAGAUUAUAAACAUGCAGGCCUUGGGGUAUUAUGCUCCCUAGGUGGUAUGGUAGGCUAAUUUGUACCUGAGGGAUCAAAUGCUUAUUUGGCUCAGAGUGAAAAUUAGUUUAGAUUUGCUCUAAUCCCUGAAGGCUUUUGAUCAAAACUGCCAAUACGCAGCAUGGAGCUUGACACAGUUGGCCGUGUUUCCCUCUUCCCUAGUUGGGAUCCAGGCUGUAGCAGCAAGGGCAAUGCAGGUCAUGACUUAAUGGAGUUGGCAAAAUUGUAUACGGGAGGAAAAGCAUUCACCUUUCUAAGUGGUUGCUGGUUUUGUAUUGUAAUAUGUUUAAAGAGGGAACAAUGUGAAGGCUAUUUUUCAACGUCGUCUUGGUGGUAGAUGUUCUUGUCCACGGCUGGUUGGUGGGGUGGGAUCCUGCAUUCAGUGUAGUAAAUACAGUAAAACUGUACAUUCUCAUGUCUUCUGCCACUUUAGUGGAUGUUGCAUUGAAACCGACUUUCUGAAAGUACGAGGACAGAAAUAUGUGCCUUCUGGUUGUUUUCCCCUCUCCCGUUUUAUGCUGUGGACAUCUCCCUGUGUUACCAUAAACACUGAAAAUACAAUACUAAAUGUUGCCGUAA